GAAGCCUCGCUGGGCUGAUUGGCCGAUCGGCUGGGACCGGGACCGGGACCCGGCCCCGUCCCGACAACCCGCUUGACCGCCGCGGCCUCUGAUUGGCGGAACGUCACCACGGCAACCAAUCAAACACGGCCGAGGACUCAGCAGAGAACCGGGAUAUGGCUGAGGGCAGUCGGCUAAGGAGUCCGACCUCCGGCAGCAAGAGUGAAGAAUCCCACAGCCACACGGAGGCCGAUCAUGGGGUCUCGCUGAAGAAGGAGAUCGGUCUGGUCAGCGCCUGUGGGAUCAUCGUUGGGAACAUCAUUGGCUCCGGGAUCUUCGUCUCGCCGAAGGGCGUGAUGGAGAACGCCGGCUCGGUGGGCCUGGCGCUCAUCGUCUGGAUCAUCACCGGCUUCAUCACUGCCAUCGGCGCCCUGUGCUACGCCGAGCUGGGCGUCACCAUCCCCAAAUCCGGAGGGGAUUACUCCUACGUCAAGGACAUCUUUGGAGGUCUUGCUGGGUUCCUGCGGCUGUGGAUCGCCCUCCUGGUCAUCUACCCCACCAACCAGGCAGUCAUUGCCCUCACCUUCUCCAACUACGUGCUGCAGCCCCUCUUCCCCACCUGCUUCGCCCCGGACCUGGGCCUCCGGUUGCUGGCCGCCGUCUGCCUGUUGUUGCUGACCUGGGUGAACUGCUCCAGCGUUCGAUGGGCCACCCACGUCCAGGACAUCUUCACGGCCGGCAAGCUGCUCGCCCUGGGGCUCAUCAUCAUCAUGGGCUUCGUCCAGAUAUGCCGAGGUCACUACUACUGGCUGGAGCCCAAGAACGCCUUCCAGCCGUGGCAGGAGCCGGAGGUCGGCUUGGUGGCCCUGGCCUUCCUGCAGGGCUCGUUCGCCUACGGGGGCUGGAACUUCCUCAACUACGUGACGGAGGAGCUGGUCAACCCAUACAGGAACCUCCCUCGGGCGAUCUUCAUCUCCAUCCCACUGGUCACCUUCGUCUACGUGUUUGCGAACAUCGCCUACGUGACGGCCAUGUCUCCGAUGGAGCUGUUGGAGAGUAACGCAGUGGCUGUGACCUUUGGCGAGAAGCUGCUGGGGGUGAUGUCCUGGAUUAUGCCCAUCUCCGUGGCGCUGUCAACCUUCGGAGGAGUUAAUGGCUCCCUCUUCACCUCCUCAAGGUUAUUCUUUGCCGGAGCUCGAGAGGGACACCUGCCGUGUCUGCUGGCCAUGAUUCACAUUAAACGCUGUACUCCUAUACCAGCCCUUCUCUUUACUUGCGCCUCCACUUUGCUGAUGCUGGUGACCAGCGACAUCUAUACGCUCAUCAACUACGUGGGCUUCAUCAACUACCUGUUCUACGGCGUCACUGUCGCCGGCCAGAUUGUGCUUCGCUGGAAGAAGCCUGACAUGCCUCGGCCCAUCAAGAUCAACCUGAUCUUCCCGGUCGUCUACCUGCUCUUCUGGGCCUUCCUGCUCGUCUUCAGCCUCUGGUCAGAGCCGGUGGUGUGCGGCAUCGGGUUGGCCAUCAUGCUGACUGGCGUCCCCGUCUAUUUCCUGGGAAUCUACUGGAGGAACAAGCCCAAGUGCUUCGAUGACUUCGUCGACACCAUCACCUACUUUGGGCAGAGGCUGUGUGUGGUCGUUUACCCCCAGGAGAUGCCAUCGAAAGACGAGCAGGAGCUGCAGGAACUGGCAUCGACCGCCUGCGACAACUCCAGGGAGGAGAAGGAGUAGGCCCCGGAGUGGGGUUUGA